UGACAGGAACUUUCAAAAUUUGGUUUGUAGUUAGUAGGGUCUUUCAGGUCAACCCCCAGAAUAAUGAACCAAACAUUGACGACUUUUGACUCAAUCAGACUCCUUAAUAUUUUGUAUUUUAGGAUGACCCUGUCAGGAAAGAUCUGAAAGAACUCAAAAGUAAACAAUAGAGAGUGGGAAAGAGAAGAAGGCAACCUAGACAUUGUCAUCCCAGCAGCAUCUUAUUAUAAUAAAUCAAAUGUCAAGUUGUGUUGGUAUGAAUUCCCUCUUUCUGGAAAGAAAAAGUAGAAAGCAGAGGAACCAUCUUUCUCUCUCGAGUCCACAAAGUUGCAGAAACAGAAAGUUUACUACUAGUGUUGAUCAAUGGAGAAAUCCACAAAACUAGAAGAAAAACAGAACCUGUUUCUUCAACUAUCAUCAUCAUCAGCAGCAUCUCACAUUAACAAUGGUAAAAUUACUAUCAAUAACUCAUAUCCACCAAGUACAACUUUCAUUCAAGCUGAUACUUCUUCUUUCAAACAAGUAGUUCAAUUUCUUACUGGAUCAUCUAAACAUGCAACAAAAUCAUCACAUAAUUCAGUCGUCGAUCCGGUUUCGAAGAGCACAAUUCCUCCCAUUAAAAACAAACCCAGGAAACAGGGACUCAAUUUAUUUGAGAGAAGAAAUAACAGCUUCAAGAAUACGAUCAGAAUCAGUCCUUUCACUCCCGGAUCAAAUUUCAACCAAAAGCAGAACAGUGGGUUUUCUCCAAGGGAUAGUAAAAACAUAGAAUUGUUAUCGCCAAGUAUACUUAAUUUUCCUUCGCUUGUUUUAAGCCCUGUUACACCACUGCUUCAUCAGGAUAGUUUUAAUCGGUCUGCAUCAACUUCUGGUCUAUCAUCUCCUGUAGUUGAUAAAGAAGACAAGGAAAUUGCUGAGAAAGGAUUCUAUUUACAUCCAUCCUCAUCACCAUCAAUUCCAAAUACUCCUAGAGAUUCAGAACCUCAAUUACUAUCUCUAUUUCCACUAACAUCUCCUAGAUUUUCAGGUUCUCCUACUACUUCUUCCUCUUCUUCUUGAUCAGUUCUCGUGUUGUUUGAGGAAGUUAUUAUAAUUGUAUGCUAUUUGUGUUUCAAUUUGGAGAAAUAACAUAAUGUAUUAGAGAAUGAAAGUAACUGAGAGUGAAAUAAAUACAAAUAUUUUGUGGGUCUCAUUUCUAUACUUCGAUUUGAUGUCUUAGUUCAUUUAAACUUCGUAAGCAGGCCAUUAUGGAUUUCUCAUCGAGCAAAAAGAUGAUAAGGA